AUGUCGGUGAUUUGCGAGCGAACAGCGAGGUCCAAGUUUGGGCCUGGAAGUUAUGGCCCGGGAAGGGAAAGCGGACGAUUAUCGAGUCGAGGUCCGCGCCAAAUGAAGCGCUAUGCGCACAGCGAGAUCGGCGAGCCCCUUUUCAUUCCGCAUUUUAUGGCGAUCGCGUCCGAGGGUGUAAAACCCCAUCUACCAGCUGAUGAAUGGGGCGAAAAUACAACGGUUUUAACUGGCGCCACCAGUGACAUUUCUUAUGGAAUAGAUGAGAAGAGAGUCUACGAAUUGCCACAUGCUCGAGUGGCGGCAAGGAGAUGUUCUCGUAUGAUGUGGUUAACGGUGGCUGGUAUCAUUUCAUUAUUCGCCGUUCUUUCUCCACCAAUUAUGUCACUUCUACCGCAAAUUUUACCCUGGUUUGGAUACGAGUGGCCAACAAUUGUUUGUGAGGUUGAUUGCCAAGGAAAACUGACUUUGAUGGCCGUUGAGAGUCUUCUUCUCGUUGCGGCUCUUUGGGCACUCUAUUGGAGAAGAGCUGCAGCUGAUUUACCGAGACUCUAUUUCCCGCGAGCAGCACUCACCUUUGCCGUCCUUUUCAUCCUCUUCGCUUUCUGGUUAUUCUACUCCGUGAGGAUCAUCAUGGAACGAUACUCAAAUUAUACUUACAUCGUCUCCUUCUCUUUAUCCCUGCUCGAUGCUCUUUUGUACACGCAUUACAUCUCACUCAUCGUGCUCUACAUUCGCCAAAUGCGACCGGAGUUCACCAUCACGGUCACCCGAGAUCCGGAUGGACACUCGAGUUCGAUCACUGUCGGCAUGAUGUCAAUCCAAGAGGCCGCUAUUCAAGUUUUACGGCACUAUGAGACAGAUUUCCCGACUUUCAAUUCAUAUUUGGACAAGGUUCGACAAUCGGCAGUCAAAAACAGUAUUCCUGGCCAAAAUACGGGCGGCUUUAAAGUCUACGAUCUUGAAGGAAUCGGCGCUGGCGAGAAUAUUAGUCAAGCAAACUCGCGAGCUCUGUUGACAGCGAUGGCAAGACGGCGACUCGGUGGCUAUAAAGAGAUGCUACAAGAGGAGAUGGAGUGGGACAGAAGACUCAAGAAGAGAAAAUAUCGUUUGAUCGCUGCCGCUGAAGACGCUUUCUCUCAUGUGCAAGGGAUUCAAGGAAACAAUAUGAAUGCUGGGAAUGUUCUUGGUGAACCGAUGGACACAACAAAUGCCGUUCAUCAUGUUUUCUCGAUGAUCGUGAAACCGUUGAAUAAAUAUCUGCGAUUAACCCGACAACAACCGAGAUAUCCAACUGAAAAGGUGAUGAACUACAUCGGCAAAUGUCUUUCGUUGAGGCUAAAUUAUCGAACGUUUCUCUCGUAUUUUUUGAGUGACAAGACACCGAUUUCGGAAAUCAUCGGCGAAGAGAAAUGGUCGAUUGUUUCCGAAGAGGAGUGCUCAAGGUCGCUCGCCUCGGGAUCGACUUUUUUGUUGAGAAGUCACAAUCGAGACGAAACGGCUGGUGUUCAGCUGAUCUGCUCAAUCUCAUCACUUCCCUUCUUCAACCUCACAGAACAAAAUCGUGCGCAAAUCUCGAAAUUUGCUAUCAAGCUCAACUCGGAAUCGCCCAACCAACGACUCAACCCGAUUCUCAGCCUAAAAUUGUUGCACGAAGAAGAAGGGAGGUCGCUGGAAAAGUAUAUCAAUGACUACGACACCUACUACACAAAUCUGUACUUGUGUUCAUGUACUUAUGCAUCAGGAUUUAAUUCGAGAUCGAGUUCGACAAAAGAUGGAAAGACUGUUUCCGUCGUCCGAAUUUCCGAUUACGUUCGUCACACCAAAUAUAUUUUCGCGAUGCCUUCAAAGCAACCAACAAAGAGAUGUACCCACAAAGAGCUGUACCUACAAAGAGAUGUACCCACAAAAAGAUAUGCGCUAGUGUUCCCCCGGGCGACUCCUAGAUGCGCCAGUGUUAGUCGGAGGGCCCAGUUAGGCGAAUUUCGU